AUGAAACAACACCUGAACUUUGGCAAGCUCCUUAGGAGGAUCUAUGUCGACGAGAUGAAAUUUUUGAGCAAGAAGUAUUCAUCCAAAGAGAUCUACAUCCGGUCGACAGACAGAAAUCGAACGUUACUAUCAGCUAUGUCGAACCUUCUUGGUAUGUAUGGUCAGAAUGACGGAAAUGCCGUCCGUGAUCACGACUAUCCGUCCGAAGAAGGAUGGCCUAUUGGAUUUGUUCCAGUGCCUAUUCACACCGUUGAAAAUCACAUCGACUAUGUGUUGAACCCCGAUGCUGACUGUGAACGUCAAGGCCAAUUAUGGGAAAUGGCCAAGACUUCUCCGGAAGUGAAAGCAUUCAUGAAUCGACGUGAUGUGAGUUCAGUUUGA